AUGUUCCUCAAGAUCCUUGCCUUUUCAGGUGUUGACGAUCUUAAGCGCCGGAUCGAUAGCUCUCACUCUGAAAUCCUGGAUCUCGAAGCUUCUCAUUCGCGUCUCCACAAGCAUUUCAAGGUUUCUUCUUCUCACGCUUUCUUGCUCUCCUGCAUCAAUUCAAUAGGGGUCGAGGGUCCUAUUUCUCCUACUGGCAACCGACCUGUUUACAAGGCUAAUGGUGUCGCUGCAUAUUUAGUCACGCUGAUUACUUAUCUUGCCCUUUGGUGGUUUGGGAUAUUCAACCCUACAAUUGUCUAUGAUCAUUUGGGAGAGAUAUAUUCAGCACUCAUCUUUGGAAGCUUUGUCUUUUGUAUUUUCUUAUACAUAAAAGUUCAUUUGCCACCAUCUUCUACUGAUUCUGGCUCAUCUGGGAACAUAAUCAUUGAUUUUUACUGGUUGAAGUUAGGAGAUCCUUGCACUCAAGGUUGGGAUUACCUCAUGAUCGUCCCCUAUUAA